GCCCUCAGGCUCCGACCGGCAGACUACAUGCCGACUGUAUCGAUACUGUAUCGCGAUAUUAGCGAGAUUAUAUGACCAGUGACAUCGCUUUUUGCGACUGUAUCGGUACUGAAUCGUUGCAAAAAAUCAUCGUGUGUAGGUCACACACGCCCUAAGAGAUGAUAUACUAACUUGCAGCAAAGGUUCAUGUCAUAUAGCUAAAGACUUAUCGUUAAGUAAAUAAUAAUAAUUACAUUUUUACGAGUUGUAAGAAGGGACUAAUUAUACUCGUAAUUAACUGACAUCGGCCAGUGAUUGAUGAGCCACUGUCGGCUGAAGUAGUGUUUGAUUUAUUAGUGAACAUGGUGCUUAUUGUGAUAGUGGUGGUACUUCUGAUCCUGGUUUACUGCUAUGGAACAAGGACUUUCAGUUACUGGUCUGAACGUGGUGUAAAGCACGACCCGCCCAUUCCGUUACUUGGAACGUCCAAGCGGCAGCUCUUUUGGCAGAUCAGUCACUCUGAAAUUUAUGAUGAGAUGUACUGGAAAUACCCUCAGGAACGAUACGUCGGAUAUUACUUAACUACUACGCCGCUUCUUAUCUUAAGGGACCCAGACUUAGUGAAGCGAGUUUUAGCGUCCGAUUUCAGCUACUUCUACUCAAGAUCGGUGCAUCCGCUAGAUGAUGUACCAGAACCGUUGCUAAAUAACCUCUUUUCGUGCGAGGGAGACUUAUGGAAGUUUCUGCGGCAGAAGAUGACACAUGCUUUUUCUUCCGCGAAGUUAAAAGCCAUGUUUCCUUUGAUUAUUUCUAGAGCCGAAAAAUUACAGCUACUUGCGGCCGAGGCUGCCUCUAAAGGUACAGAAGUAGAUGUACUAGAGCUCAUGGCACGUUAUACCACUGAUUUUAUCGGUUCUUGUGGAUUUGGCCUCGACCCAGAAGCCCUGAACGACGAAAACUCAAUGUUUAGACGGGUAGGACGUCGCAUAUUCCAUAACACGACACGUGAUUCUAUGGUGAUGUUUUGUAAAUUUAUGAUGCCUAGUGUAUUCAAGGGUUUACAUUUCUUCUCCCAGUUCGUCGAGAAAAAUAUGAUAGAUCUUGUAAAAAAUAUAAUGGCUCAGAGAGAGUACAAACCGUCAGGUAGGAACGACUUUAUAGAUUUGCUUCUGGAAUCGAAAGCGAAAGGGAAGAUCAUGGGCAACUCUUUAUUCGAGACAAACCCGUGCCUUGCCGAACUGGAGUUGGACGAUGAGUUGAUUGCGGCACAAGUAUUUGUGUUUUUUGGCGCCGGGUUCGAGACGUCAUCUAAUUCUUCCAGUUAUAUGUUACAUGAAUUAGCCCAUCAUUCAGAAUACCAAAAUAAGUGUCAAGAGGAAAUUGAUGAGGUGCUCGGGCGAUAUGAAAACAAAUUGUGCUAUGACGCUAUCAAAGAAAUGAAGUAUCUUGCUAUGUGUUACAGCGAAACGCUCCGCGUUUUCCCGCCAGUUGGCUACUUGAUGCGUAAAUGUACGAAACCCUACAACAUCCCGGGCACUGACAUUACCUUGGACCAGGGAGUAAAGGUGGUGAUUCCAACCAAAUCGUUUCACAACGAUCCCAGGUACUGGGAACACCCGGAGCUAUUUCGUCCGGACAGAUUUCAUCCGGAUAACAUUGCGAAAAUCAACAAAAAUAUAUAUCUGCCGUUCGGAGAUGGACCAAGGAAUUGUAUAGGAGAGCGUCUCGGAAUCAUGCAAUCUCUGGCUGGUCUGGCGGCUUUGCUCAGCCGAUUCUCCGUGGCACCAGGAAAGAGGACAGUGCGCCAUCCACCCCUCGACCCAGCAGUGUUCCUUGUACAGAGCGUGCUCGGCGGCUUGCCGCUCAUACUCGUCCCUAGAAAGAAAAACCUGUGAUGUAAACCUCAUAAAGAUCGUCAACUGACUAAUGAUAAUGAUACACUGUUGCGAGUCUCAUAGUAUUUAAAUCCCCACUGAUAUUAUAAUAUGAAAGUAACUUUGUCAGUCUAUAUUUUUGUUAUCUCUUCACGCUUAAACCGCUGAAUUGAUUUAGAUAAAAUUUGGCAUGGAGAUAGUUUGAGGCCCGGGAACGUAUAUAUAGUUUUUAUUAAUCAUCAUCAUCCCACGCAGACGAAUUUAUGGGCAGAAGCUACUACAGUCAGCAUCAAAAGUAGCGGAUCAUACAACGCUACAAAAGUAUCUACCAUUAUGUAACAGCUUAACAAAAUUGAUGGUUCUAUAUGUAGAACAAAUUAAACUGUAAAAGAUAUACUUUUGAAUGUAAAUUUUAGAGAUUUAUCUACCCGUUUAUAUUUAUCUAUUUUGGACCCGGGUAUGUCCUUAAACUACGUCCAAAAGAGAGGUAUGGGCAAUGUGAAUGUCAUCUCGCCUUGUGUGGUAGGGCACAGCACAGCAGAUGUCAUUCCAGAUCUAGAGCAGAGCCCAACUGGGGAAGUACCUCCACCUUACAGAAAACCGCAGCCAAAUAACACUUGACCCUACUCAUAGUGUUGUGUUCCUGCCGGUGAGUAAGGUUGCCAGAGCUCAACGAGGGGGGUGGGGUUAGGGUCGGCAACGCGCAUGUAACUCCUCUGGAGUUGCAGGUGUACAUAGGCUACGGAGACUGCUUACCAUCAGGCAGGCCGUAUGCUUGUUUGCCACCGAUGUACUAUAAAAAAAAAAAAAAAAAAAUUAGGAAAAGUUAUACGGGACGGCAGAUACUUUUGGCGCGUUGUUUCAUCCGCUACUAUUGAUGCUGACUGACACAAAUAUUUAGGACGCGUCGAGCACUAAUGUGGGCGCGACGCAAACUUGACAUGACAGCAUUCAUAUUUUCAUUCGACGACCGGUUUAGCCUAGUGGGUAGUGACCCUGCCUACGAAGCUGAUGGUCCCGGGUUCAAAUCCUGGUAAGGGCAUUUAUUCGUGUGAUGAGCAUGGAUAUUUGUUCCUGAGUCAUGGGUGUUUUCUAUGUAUUUAAGAAUUUAUAAAUAUUUAAAGC